AUGAAGAAGAACAUUCUCUUAUUGAUUCUUCUCUUUCUAAUUCAAAUUUCUGUAUCAUUUGCUUCCUCAAAUGAGACUGAUCAACAAGCUCUACUAGCUUUCCAAAAUCUUAUUAUUACAAGUCAUAAUCAUUUUUUGGCCAAUAAUUGGACCAAAAAUACUUCUUUUUGUUCUUGGUAUGGUGUCACUUGCACUGAAAAAAGGCAAAGGGUUGUGGCCUUGGCUCUUCCUAGUUUGCAACUUCAAGUCACAAUUUCCCCAUCUUUGGCCAAUUUGUCCUUCCUCAGUGUUCUCAAUCUCCAGAACAACAGCUUCCGCGGUGGCAUCCCUUAUGGCAUUGGCCACAUGCCUCGCUUGCGAGUCAUUGAUGUUAAAAACAAUCAGCUCAACGGAAGUAUACCAACAAGUCUAUUUCAAGUUUUCAACACCGGAGAAUUCAAGAACAAUAGCCUCACCAGUAUAAUCCCUCCUUCUGUUGGAAAUGCCACAAAAUUGAUGAACUUCGAUUUGUCUGGGAAUAGAGUCAGUGGCAACAUUCCAAAGGAGGUCGGUAAUCUGAGCCAGCUUACAGACUUGUAUUUGUACAACAAUCAAUUAACAGGUUUCAUUCCCGCAACAUUGUUUAAUAUUUCAUCACUUCUUGCCCUAUCUCUUGGAAUCAAUAGCCUUUCCGGUCCUCUCUUGCUUGAUGAAGGAAAUAUUGUCUCAAAUCUCAACUUUUUAAGUACAUAUCACAACCAAAUUUCUGGUUGCAUUCCUUCCAACAUAUGCCAACUCACAGAGCUCAAUUUUUUGUCAAUAUCUAUCAACAACAUAACUGGAGAUAUAACUAGAAAUAUUGGUUGUUUAUCCAAACUCGAAAGGUUUUAUAUUGGUGAAAAUCCAAUGGAAGGGACUGUUCCCACUUCAUUGGGAAAUAUUUCUACUCUGCAAUAUCUUGAUUGUGUCGACAAUUGGUUGAAGGGGAAAAUUCCUCAAGAAUUAGGGAAGCUAUCAAAUUUGGGGGAAUUAAGCAUUGCCAAUAAUUCUAAUCUUAUUGGUCAAAUUCCAGAGGCUAUGUUCAACAUAACCUCUCGGGGAGAAUUCCAACCACUACAGGGACGUAUUCCAGAGGCGGUAUGCCAUCUAUCUAAUUUGGUUCAAUUAUAUCUGUAUGGUAAUGAGCUCUCUGGGUUAAUUCCAGAAUGCUUAGGAAAUCUUAGCAUGCUUCAACAGCUUUCUUUGAAUUCUAACAAAUUAUCUUCAAACUUUCCGUUGAGCCUUUGGAAGAUGAGUAGUCUUCUCUAUCUAAGUGUGUCACAGAAUUCAAUAGAGGGAGAAGUUCCAUCAGCUAUUGGAGGACUGCAAGCCAUUGUAGAACUACAUCUUUUCAGUAACCACUUUUCAGGCGUGAUACCAACCAGAUUAGGGGAACUCCAAAACCUGCAGUAUAUUGACCUAUCAAACAAUUCAUUUUUUGGCCAAAUUCCAUUAUCCUUUGCCAACUUGAUAAACUUAGAAUUCUUAGAUCUGUCUUUAAAUGCGUUGUCGGGUACUAUUCCUAAGUCAUUGGAAAAACUCUCCUAUCUUAUAAGCAUUAAUGUUUCAUUUAAUGAUUUAGAAGGUGAAAUACCGAGUGGUGGCGUGUUUGCAAAUUCCACUCUGCAAUCAUUUCUCGGGAACAAAGGUCUAUGCAAAAUGCACAUAUUGGAGAUUCCUGAUUGUGUUAUCACUAAUCCUGGAAAACAAUCAAAGCUUAAGGAGGUUGUGCUAAAAAUUGUUACUCCAGUGGUUACUUCAUCCUUUCUGAUAUUCUUAUUCGUUUCAAUUUGGACAAUGAAACGAAAAAAGAAAGGGAAGUCCAAAGAUGUGGAGAAGGUACCGGAGAUCGGGACUCAUCAAUUAGUUUCUUAUCAUGAGAUUCGAGGAGCAACAAAUAAUUUUGAUGAAUCCAAUUUAAUUGGUGAGGGAAGCUCUGGCUCUGUGUACAAAGGCGCAUUGUUUGGUGGAACUGCAGUGGCCAUUAAGGUUCUGGAUUUGGAAAAUGAGCAAGUAUGCAAGAGGUUUGAUACCGAAUGCGAAGUGAUGAGAAAUGUUAGACACGGAAAUCUUGUUCCAGUGAUUACUACAUGUUCUAUUGACUAUAUAAGAGCCUUUGUUCUGCAAUUUAUGCCCAAUGGAAGUCUUGACAAUUGCUAUGGCAGUUGA